UUAACGGGUGAUGUGAACGACAACGAAAUGUUUUGUAUAGCGCAUAUACUAUAAAUAAUACAUUGAUUUCGAACCUAAACAAAAAUAAAUAAAUAAAAUUCACAACAGCGAGAGAUCUAGACCAAAAUCUAGAUCUAUCACAUUGACGCAUUAAGAUUUUGAGUCUAGAUCUGUUCUAGACAUAAUGUAGAUCAAGAUCUUAAGUAGUAGUAGUAGUACUAACUAGUAGACCCAAUGGCUGAACUGAAUGGGCCAACCCAAGCCCAGUGUCUUUCUGAAUAAUCACUAUUAAUUGAAAUGGAAGCUCUAGAGCUUAUGGCUAUAAAAAUUAACACCGUUGCCUUAGUAAUAAUUACCUUUUUUGCACUGUUCUUUUAUUUUUAUCUCACAACUUUUUUUAAAAAUAAAUCUUCACCGAGUUCACCUGUUCCACCAAACAGCAGAAUUGUUUUAAUUACGGCACAUCCUGAUGACGAAUGUAUGUUUUUCUCUCCAACCCUCGCCAGUUUGCUUUGGUCCAAAAAUCAGUGUAGAGCUAGUGUCUAUGUCAUUUGUGUUACAACAGGAGACUAUUACAAGAAAGGGAAUGUUCGUAGAAAAGAGUUACUUGACAGUUGCCAGGUGCUAGGAAUUUUAAAAGAAAAUGUUGAAAUCUUAGAUAACAGCUCAUUCCCAGAUGACCCUAAAGCCUCUUGGAAUUUGGAUGUACUUAGUGAUGUAUUACAAGGCAUUCUGAACAAAAUUCAAGCAAAUAUUAUAUUUACAUUUGAUGAAAGAGGAGUUAGUGGUCAUCCCAAUCAUAUUGCAGUCUCAAAUGUUGUCAAACAAUUGUUCAGUCAUCAAACUUCAUGUCAAGUCUAUCAGUUAGAAAGUGUGUCUCUAGUCAGAAAAUACAUUGGCUUGUUAGAUCUGCCAUUGACAGUCUCAAGUAACAAAUUAACCUUUGUGUCAUCUCCGAGAAACAUUAUAAGAGCUCAACAGGCCAUGUUGACUCACAAGUCACAGCUUGAAUGGUUUAGAAUUUUGUAUAUCCUCUUCUCUCGGUACAUGUUUAUGAACACAUACCACUCUUGUAAAUAGUCAUUGUAUAUAAAUGUGUUAAAUUAUUGUUGAACAUUCCAAAUGUUUACAUAAAAAUAAAAUAAAGGAACACUC